AUGCUCACCCUAAUUCUGUUUUCUCGGGCAUUUUGCCUAUUCUACAACUACACUGUUCAAAGAACUAGUCCACAGGAGUACACAAUCCCGUACAACAGCCCCAGGGACGUAAAUCAGGAAUACUCUACCAGAUUCAUCAAAUCUGGUGGACUAUCUGCCUCAGACUACUCGAAGAAGCUGGUUGAGUUGCUUAGGAAGCCAAUUACUGGUGAUGGAGACCCAAUGUUGAGUGAUGAGCUAUUUAAAGAGGGAACUGUGGCCAGGGGCAUUGCUGAUCCAACUCACGACUUUGUUGUUACAGAGAAGAUGACGAAUGAUACGCUAGUGAACUACUUAAAUCAUUAG